AUGCCGAGAUCGUGCUACAGCCGCUCAGGGGCCCUGUUGCUGGCCUUGCUGCUUCAGGCCUCCAUGGAAGUGCGUGGCUGGUGCCUGGAGAGCAGCCAGUGUCAGGACCUCACCACGGAAAGCAACCUGCUGGAGUGCCUGCGGGCCUGCAAGUCCGCCCUGUGUGCCGACGCGCCCGUACUCCCGGGCAACGGCGACGAGCAGCCGCCGACCGAGAGCGCCCGGAAAUACGUCACGGGCCACUUCCGCCUGGACCGUCUCGCCCGCCGCGACGGCAGCAGCGCGGGGCCGCAGCGCCAGGAGGAGGCCGCGGCGGGCGACGGCCAAGCCCCGCUGCCCGUCGGCGGCCCCGGGUCCCGCGGUGAGGGCGCCGAGCCGGGCCCGCGCGAGGGCAAGCGCUCCUACUCCAUGGAGCACUUCCGCUGGGGCAAGCCGGUGGGCAAGAAGCGGCGCCCGGUGAAGGUGUACCCCAACGGCGCCGAGGAGGACUCGGCCGAGGCCUUCCCCCUCGAGUUCAAGAGGGAGCGGCCCGAGGCGGCGCCUGGCCCCGACCGCCUGGCCGAGGGCGCGGCGGCGCGGCCCGACCUGGAGUACGGGCUGGUGGCCGAGGUCGAGAAGAAGGACGAGGGGCCCUAUCGCAUGGAGCACUUCCGCUGGGGCAGCCCGCCCAAGGACAAGCGCUACGGCGGCUUCAUGACCUCCGAGAAGAGCCAGACGCCCCUGCUGACGCUGUUCAAAAACGCCAUCGUCAAGAACGCCCACAAGAAGGGCCAGUGAGGGCGCCGCGGGCCACCGGGGCUUCCCUCCCCGGGAAGGCCACCCCAAAGCCCCCUCCUCGCCUGCCCUGUGGCCGCCCGGGCGGUGAUAGAGGCGGAUGUUCAGCCUCUUAAAGCUGUCGGUGGUUCGGAAAUAAAACCUUGCAAAUCUCA